CUAUUAUUCGUGGGACGGUUUGUAUAGAUAUCACCGAUUCCCAAUUCCAUUUCCACUUCUCUCUUCUUCCUGGCCUUCAUAAAAUCAAUGGAAUCAUCGCAAGUGGAGUUCUCUUUGGAAGCCAAAAGGAUUACGAAGGAGGACUUUGAAUUCGUCGCCGGAAACGCUUCCGAAUCCCAUGCCAACUCCUUCGCCGCCGAUGAACAGAGAUCUGAUCUCCGGCGAGGCACAAUCUCAGAGGAGUCAAUUGAUGACAAAACAAUGGUGCAAAGGGAAAAAGUGACUGCCAGAACUCAUGAAAACACAAGCAAUGAGAGUUCUUGCGAAACAGGCAAAGACGAAGAAGAAGAAAAAGAAGAUAGAGUGAUGAAGGAGCUGAGGAAAGUACAGAGGCAGAACAUGGUGACACAAUGCCUGGUGUCAGCACUAAUGGUGCUGACCCUAACAUGGCAGGUCUCAGAGGUGUCUCUGAUCCUCAAACUGAAAGACGGCCUGAACCACCCGCUCCGAUCAUUCGGUGGUUUCGUCUCCUGGGUGCUCAGACGCCGCCUUAAAGCACCCCAUCAAGGAGAAGACGAAGAAGAAAAAGAAGAAGAAAGAAAACAGAAGAGGCAAGGCGAUGAAGCGCCACAAGCAUCGCCCUUUCCUGCCAUUAAGAUCCCUAAGCUCUCCCUCCCAUCGCUGGACUUCAUUACAGAAGAAUGACGACGAUUGAUGAUUCGGACUGAUCUUCAGAUUCCAUGUUCAUUGUGUAACUCUUUUAAUCUUGUACUUCCUGGCUUUGUUCCAAACUAGUAUGCGCAGAUUGAAUAAUAUGCUGUAUAUAGAAUGCAACAUUUUGACUAUUAUAUUGGCAUCUAUUUGUGUCCUAG